AUGGCAUUUGAGGUUCACUCGUCCGAGCUAGUGAUUAUGCUGCUUCUGUUAUUCCUUGCUAUACCUGUCCGCUCGUCCUCAUCUUUGUGUUCAGCACCACUGGGUAUGGAGAACGGACAGAUAAGAGACGCUCAGAUCACUGCCUCUUCUCAAAAUGAUGUGAACCAUGCCGCAGUCCAGGGAAGGUUGAACUUCAAGGCUGGCAGAGGCAAAACAGGUGGAUGGUCAGCCUUCGGAAAUCAUGUACAUCAGUGGCUUCAGGUGGAUCUUGGUAGAUACAGUAUUGUGACAGGAAUAGCUACACAAGGGCGAAAUGCCGUACCCCAGUGGGUAACCUUAUAUGAGCUUCAGUACAGCGAGGAUGGAGUUACCUUUGUUUAUUAUAAAGAACCAGGGCAGAGCUCACCUAAGCGAUUCAGUGGAAAUAGAGACCAGGACAGCAUUGUUUAUCACAAGUUGAACCCACCAAUUCAAGCUCGUUUCAUCAAACUUAGACCUAAACGAUGGUAUGGUCAUAUAUCCCUCAGGAUGGAGCUGUACGGCUGUAUAGGUAUCAUUUUCACCUGA